AGGCUUGCUGUGCAUCUCGAUGGACGUCAUAAUGUUACAUUUCAAGAUGAAGAGAAUCUUCAGAAUGUCGCCAACCGUAAUCAAAAUCAUAUAACAACCUUGACUGCUUGGUUUCAAAAGAAUAUAGAAAACUCGAUAGCACAUAUAUAUACCUACGUUGAUUUUCCUUCUUAUUAUACUUGGAAUUCUUCACGCUGUAAAUGGACACCUAGAAAAACAUCAACGACUAUGAUUGGGCGACUUUACAUGGUACAACCUUCUGAAGGCGAGAGAUAUUAUCUACAAACUUUACUUACCCAUGUAAAAGGUGCGAUCGGCUUCGAUAACCUAAAAACUAUCAACAGCUAUACGUGCAAUAACUUCAAAGAAGUUUGCUCUUAUCUUGGUCUUCUUCAGAAUGAUACUGAAUGGGAUGCCUGUUUGCUUGAAGCAAGUGCUGUACAGACAGGACACCAACUUCAACAGCUUUUUGCAACCAUACUUCUAUUUUGCCAACUGGUGAAACCUGAAUUGUUAUGGGAUAAUCAUAAAGUAGCGUUGUGUGAGGAUAUUUUAUAUCAAGCUCAUGUACAAUUACAAGAUCUCGAUGAUGCGAGUGAUAUUCCUACUGUAAUUGAACAUGAAGCCCUUACUCAAUUGGAAAAUAUACUUUUACUAAGUGGAAAAUCUCUAAAAGAUUUUCCCGAUAUGCCAAUUCCCCCUAUCACUUCAAAUAUCAGUAAUAAUGAAGAAACAUUAAAUCAUCUAAUACGUGAAGAGAGAUCCUAUAAUAUAACAAACUUACAAGCCGAAUUACAACCAAC